CCACCCCCAAAAAUUAAUCGGUUUUCGGCAGUCUCCAAGCAACAAAGCGCAUAUUUUAUUAAUCGUUAAAAAGGAGGUGUUGCUAACCAUUGUUCCCCCUUUAAAAGCCACUAUCGUGACCGUCUUGUUCCGAUCAGUACGUCGCGACAAUCCCGAGCGUUCGCACGCAGGUUCCUUUGUGUUUACGUGUGACCCUCCAACCAGGCAGACAGCACCAUGGCAGAAAUGAAGCCCGAGAUCGACAGCGAAGCCGAGGCCUACUCGCUUGGCAGCAAUGUGGACCCCAAGAACGUCCAGGAGUUGACCAUCUACGUUCAAAAUCUGCUGCAGAACGUCCAGGACAAGUUCCAGACCAUGUCGGACCAGAUCAUUUCGCGCAUCGACGACAUGGGCAACAGGAUAGACGACCUGGAGAAGAACAUUUCGGAUCUGAUGCAGCAGGCGGGCGUCGAGGGAGGCGAGAAGUGAGUCCACGCCCCGCGGACCACUCGAUAAAACCUCAAGUAACUUAGAAUGCUUUUAAUUUUACGUUAAGUCUAACACCCCACACGUCAUUUAGUGUACAGCCUGUAAACAUAAGUUGAAAGGCGAUUUCCCCCCUUGGAGAAGCGUUAGAAAUUAAGAGACAUCCUUAAUCGGUAUGAUUUGGCAGAAGGUUAGGCUUUAUCGAUAAAAUACAUAAGUUUUUUUUUCUGUUUUUAUUGUAACCACCUAAAAACAAACACACACAUAUGGAUCUACAAACAAGUAAACUGGGACGAACGCGGAAGCCAAAAAGAAAAUACAAAUUCCAAUCUUAGAGCACACAGUAA